CUAUUUCAAUUGCCCCGCGAUUCGUCUUUGGCUCAGUCCUCUCGUCGAUUUUUAGCCGGCAACAUCAAAUUCGUGAAAUUUCUAUCGUGAUCCGUCCUUCUUUCUCAGACUUGCGUAUCCCUUCUUUCCCAGACUUGCGUAUCCCUUCGUUCCCAGACUCGCGUAUCCCUCCUUCAAGAUGCCGUCCGUCAACGAAGUGAACAAUUACUACAACAAAUCCCUGUCCAUCGUCAAGAAAUCAGCCGAGAUUCAUUUGACGGAUGAAAGCUGGGAGUUUUACAAGAUAAUGAUUGAUGGAUUUUCAAAGAAGAAAGAAACUUUAACAAAAGCCGUAGAUUGGGAUUUUGUAACAGAAUUCGAUAAAAAGGUAGAAGACAACCUAAUUCAACAAUUGCUGAGGGAAUUCCCUGAACACAAAAUUAUAGCUGAGGAAAGUCAAUCAGGAGCGGAGCUAACAUCUGAUCCAACCUGGAUCAUUGACCCGAUCGACGGCACAACAAAUUUCAUGCAUGGAUAUCCUCAGAGCUGUAUUUCAGUGGCCUUAACCAUCAACAAAGAACUCGUCAUUGGCAUCGUCUACAAUCCUAUUAUGAACCAAAUGUUCACAGCUAAGAAGGGCCAGGGAGCAUUCUUGAAUGGGCAACCUAUUAGGGCUUCAAAAACUGAAGAUUUAUCUAAGUCAUUGCUAGCUUUGGAAUUAUCACACGGUCGACAUCCAUCAAGGCACAAUCAGAUGAUGAAAUCUUUUGAUGCCUGUGUAUCUGUCGCUCAUGGAGUUAGGACAGUUGGGAGCUCAGCUUUAACUCUGUGCUAUGUAGCAAUGGGAGGUUUGGAUGCAUACUAUGCCAACUACUUGAACAGCUGGGAUAUUGCAGCCGGAGUUCUCAUUCUCAGAGAAGCAGGAGGCACUGUAAUUUCCACAAACGGAGAUAAAUUCGAUUUGAUGACAGCCAGGGUUCUUGCAGCAGGCACCAACGUUCUGGCGCAAAAUCUUGCUAAGCUCCUUAAAGAUUUUUAAGCAAAGAGGUUCCUCAUUAACCGUUUUUUAAAGUUAUUUUAAUGUUUGUUGAUUUAUUUAUGUAUAGAUUUUUAUUAUUAUUAAUCUUGUUGAAAACAUCUUGAAAUAUGUAAGUAAAGUGAACACACCGUACGUGAUUAAUCAAUUCUUAAAAAUCGACAAGAGGUAGGUCCACUCUUAGUCGGUAUGGCUCCAGUGAGGUAUUUUCUGGGAAAAAGAUUUGAAUCGAUGAGAUUUUCAGUAUGUAGAAGUAAAGGAAAAGGAGGCCACUUUUAGUAUGAAAUCGUAAAAUGUUCAAACGUUUAAAGUUUUAACACUUCUUCACAGUUCCUCGAAUUGUUUUUAAAAUACUUGAAAGUUAUUUGUGAUUUUUUUAUUCGGCAUUAAUAAUUGAUAUAAUAUAUUUUAAGUAUAAAUUGUGUUAACAAAAAUAAGCACUUGAUUUUAUGAAUGUAUUUUAGUCAUUUUAACAGAUUCUGAAGUUUCAGCCGUAACCAUUUUAACAAAAUCCAUAACCUAAUAAAUACUUUCCAGAAAUUU